UAUUUCAAAAUGCACCGAACAAUGUUUGUGUUAAUGUUCUAGUGGAUUGCAUGGUAAUUUACUAUGCUUUUUGUGAAAAUAUUAAAAUUUUUACUCUUUUAAAUUGUUGCUCAGCGAACUAUCACCCUCAUAUUUGUAAUGCAGCUGAGAAAAGUAAAAACUAUUGCUAGUAUUUUGAAACUGUAUGUAAUUCAAAAUAAUGCUUACUUUUGCACCCAUGUUGCUCCAAAUCCUCUACGAAAAACAAAGCCGACUUCAGAUAAUUUCAAGACACAGAAGUUCGUCGAUUUCCGGCGUGUUACAGUGAGGGGUGGUAAAGGUGGAGAUGGUUGUAUUGCUUUUUUGCGACUUUACAAAAAUCCUUUUGGCGGUCCAUCAGGUGGUGACGGUGGUAAUGGAGGUCAUGUAAUUUUUGAAGCUUGUAGGAAUACUAAAACGCUCGAAGACGUGCCAUCAGUUAUUAGAGCUGGUAAAGGAAUGCAUGGGAUGGGUAAACAUAUGCAUGGUGCAAAUGGAGAACAUGCUAUAAUAAAACUACCAAUCGGUACCUUAAUAAAAGAAAACGAUGUAUUGCUUUCUGAUUUGGUCGAACAUGAGGCUAAAUUUAUUGCAGCUCGGGGAGGAGCUGGUGGUCAUGGCAAUCACUUCUUUCUCACAAAUCAGAAUAGGCAUCCAGAUAUGGCAGAAAAAGGGGCAAAUGGAGAAGUUCGCACUCUUGAUAUUGAAUUGAAAAUAAUGGCUCAUAUAGGAUUAGUAGGUUUUCCUAAUGCUGGAAAAUCAACUCUUUUACGAGCAAUAUCACGUGCUCGCCCAAAAGUUGCGGCCUAUCCUUUUACUACUUUAAAUCCUCAUAUUGGAAUUAUACAUUAUGAUGACUAUGUGCAACUAGCAGUUGCAGAUCUUCCAGGAUUAAUACCAGGAGCUCAUGAAAAUAGAGGUUUAGGAAUAUCUUUUUUGAAGCAUAUAGAGAGAUGUUCUGGUAUUUUAUAUGUCAUCGAUCUAUCGCAGAAUUCACCUAUGGAUCAAUUGGAACAUCUUAAAUAUGAAUUAGAACAAUAUCAGCCAGGACUGUCCAAUAAACCUCAUGCUAUUGUGGCUAAUAAAUGUGACUUAGGAAGUGAUGUAAAUGCAAAACUACAAAUUCUGCAGAAUAAUGUAAAUAUUUUGGUCUUUCCAGUAUCUGCAAAAUAUGGAACAAAUAUGUUAGAACUUUUAAAGUAUAUUCGAAAGUUGUAUGAUGAAGGACCGAAGCAGUUAAUUUGGUAAGGAUAAUACUAAAAUACAUUCGGAAACAAAAUUUGAAAUACAUGAGAUAUACAUUUUGUAAUAAUGACGUAUUUACUUUUAUGAUAUCUUAUGAGUUCGAAUUAUAAGAUUUAAGCUUUUAGAAAGAAUCUAUUUUGUUUUGAAAUUAUUUUGGGGAUAAAAUAUGUUAUAAAUUUUAAGAAAAUACAUUAAAAGGCAAAUAUUGUAUCAAUAACAAAAAUUGCAAUAAUUAUUUUGAUUUUCAAACUAUGCAAGUCUAGAUAUUUACUGUGAUGCUAGUGUAGUUGCAUUGAAAGUUCUGAGGCAUCCCUAAGUAGAUGAUGACAGAUCCUAAACUUAAAUAAAAAAUUUCCAUUAUUGAACAAAGUGCUCUUUUUUUAAACUUUAUUAAAUGCUAGAUGAUAGUGUUUGAAAUCAGGAGAUUAAAAUGAUGUUUAUUGCUGAAAUUAGAAAUUAUUAUCUCAGAAGGAUCUGAAAUUUGCAUAUAGUUACCAAGUGAGGUUGAUUUAGGCCUCAAGUAAUAAGGAAGGAGUUUCAUAUACAUUAUAUAUAUAUAUAUAUAUAUAUAUAUAAAUCAAGGAUAUGGUGUUCUGUAUAUUAAA